AUGAGCGCACACUUGGCUCUGCCUUCCUACCAGACUUACCCCAGUGGGACUGGCAUGGGGUACCUGGAGUUUUACUGGAACUCAGCAGGCGAGGUAGGACAUCCCUCCACUUCAGCUGGGCCAGCAGCAGUCACCAGUGCCACUUUGUCUCCAGAGGCAGGAAGGAAGAGGCAAACGAUUGAAGUAUCCCCUGUUUCAUCCAGUUCUGGGAACUUCAGCCACUUCACACCAGAUUCAGCUACCAGUCCACAUUCAGCAUCCUCAUCUCCACAGCCCACAGUUAAGUCCCAAAAGGGCGGAGAAGAUGGCAUGGAGGGGGUGAGGAAAGCCAAGAGCCGCACAGCCUUCUCCAAGGAGCAGCUGCAAACCCUGCACCAGCGGUUCCAGAGCCAGAAGUACCUCAGCCCCCAGCAGAUCCGAGAGCUGGCUGCUGUCCUGGGGCUUACCUACAAGCAGGUGAAGACAUGGUUCCAGAACCGGAGGAUGAAGCUGAAAAGGUGCCAGAAGCUCAGCCUGUGGACUGAACGGGCUCAAUGCCUCAUGCAAAGUGGCUUCCAGCCAAGUACUUAUCAUAAUGUGCAUUCUAAAUUCCAUCAGGGCUACCCAAUCCCAGCAGCCAGCAACAUCCAAACAGUGCCUCCUCCCAGCCAGCGCUACGGAGCAGGACAGAAUGCUUACACAAUCAUGACCAGUGAGGAUGGAGGAGUCUUUGGCAAAGGUGGGGACACCUGCAGCGUCCAGCAGACAGCGGGCUUCAUUUCCCAGCACAAAGUAGACUUUUAUCACAGCUGUCCUGGCAGUGUGGAAUACCCAGGCACAAAGACAGGUGACAGCUGUAAUUUCCACCAUUCAACCACCAUGGGGACUCCUUUCCCAACCACUGCUGGCCACCAUCUCUAUCAUUCCUAA